AUGCCCACACUCAUACCUGCUUCUCCCGAGGCGUCGUUGACCCACCGUCAUCAUCAACACCAUGACUCUCCUUCCCACACUAAGCCUAAGCGUACUGCAAAAUUGGGCACCUUAUCGUGCAUUUCCUUAAUCACCAACAAAAUGUUGGGAACUGGUCUCUUCAGUACCCCUUCUCUCAUAUUCAGGUUGACUAAUGGUAACGUCCCAUUAUACUUUUCCUUAUGGAUUGUCGGUGCAAUCGUUGUUUUCAGCGGGCUAAUCAUAUAUUUAGAGUUUGCAUUGAACCUACCUUUCAAAAACGGUGGUGAAAAAAAUUAUUUAUUAAAAGUAUUCAAAAAUCCAAAAGGUUUAGCAGGUUGUGUCUAUGCUUUCCAAAUGGUUUUGCUUGGAUUCAGCUCAGGUAACUCUUUUGCCUUUGGGAAAUAUACUUAUUUUGCAUUAACCGGUAAUCAAGACCUGGAUAAUGAAUCUUAUAGUAAAUUGAUCGGAGUUGGUUGCAUCUCUUUUUGUAUUUGGUUACAUAUAAAGUUCCCCAAUCAAGGUACUUCCCUUUUUAAUUUUUUAGGUAUAGUGAAAAUUUUAAUCUUAGUUCUUAUCAUUUUACUUGGUGCUUUGGUUGGGGUUGGAUUAAUCUCCAUUAAUGAUUCUGAUUUAUCAAUUACCCCUUCUUUGAAAAACGAAAAUGGUAUGUACUCAAUUUCAGUGGCUCUACUAGAAAUCAUUUAUUCUUUUAAAGGUUGGGAAAAUGCAAACUAUGUUUUAUCCGAAAUUGAUGACCCUUAUCAUGUUUUGACUAUAGCUGCACCUCUGGCUGUUGGAAUAGUUACCAUUCUUUAUUUUUUGGUAAUAAUAAGUUAUUUGGUAGUAAUACCAAAGGCAGAAUUAUUAGAUAGUGGGGUCUUGGUUGCAGGAAUAUUCUUCAACAAAAUCUUUGGUGAAGGCUUGACUUCACAAUUAUUGCCCUUUUUAAUCGCUUUAUCAACCUUGGGUAAUGUAAUGGUUGUUUCGUUUGCUCAUUCAUAUGUCAACCAAGAACUACUGAAGAGUAAUUAUAUCCCCUUUUCAAAGUAUUUCCAAAAUAUCAAUCACUCAUUGUUAUUACACUGGGCUAUAACAAUAUUGGUCAUGGUCGUACCUCCGCUGGCGGAAAUUUAUGAAUUUGUGGUCAAUUUAUACAUUUAUCCUGGUACUUGGAUUAAUCUAUUCAUCACCAUAGGAUUAAUUUAUCUUCGAUUGAAUAGAAAAAGAGAACAAUGGGGUAAAUAUAACGCAAAAUUUAAUCUUGGAAGUUUAACAGGAACAGAUACUGAACAAUUAGAUAGUAUAUACCCGCUGAAUGACGAUGAAAGUGUUUAUACAGAAUUUGAUUCCUUGAUAUCUUCUGAAAACCCGGUUGAGGGCAAAAUCAUCUCAGCUCCUUAUAUAUGUAUCUUUAUCUUCCUAAUUGCAAAUUUAUUCCUAGCCCUCUUCCCAUUUGUUCCUCCAGUUUCCCCUAGUAAACUGUCAAUCCCAUACUGGCUUUUCCCAGUUGUCGGUACCUCUGUUCUACUUUUUGGUGGCUUCUUUUUUUACACUAGAAAGUGGCUCAACUCCUUCACCUAUGAAAAAUGGAAUAUAGGCGAACCUGAUAUCAAAUAUGAAGAAGACCAUCUAGAAUAAUUUAUAGACUAAUAAACCAAGUAUAAUAAAUCCUCUAAACGUUCAAC